AAAAAUUAACUCAUGAGCAGGACGGACUUAGCAUACUGUCAAAGGCACACCGCCAGAAGAGGCUGUUAGCUGGCAGUUGACAGAUAAUCCAAGCUAAAUCCUGUCGGAAUAACUAACAGUGACCAUUCCCAGUAACUAUUUCCAUCAGCUGUUCGGCGAUCAGCGUUAUUCCACAUUCAGUGGCAGAUGAAAGUAGCAAUGCCCGACAAACAUGUCUCAUAGAGAAGAUAAAGGGAAAGGGAGGUCUUACCACACUGACUUGUACAUCAGCAUCCCUCCAACAUGUCUGCCCAUUGUGUACCACCCAGACUACAACAUCACCUUCAUGGGCCUCGAAAAGCUCCACCCAUUUGAUGCAGGGAAGUGGGGCAAAGUCAUUCAUUUCUUGAAAGAGGAGCAGUUCGUCACUGAUGGAAACAUCGUGGAAGCCCGUGAAGCUACUGAAGAAGAUCUGCUGGUGGUUCACACCAAACGCUACCUCAACAGAUUAAAGUGGUCUCUCGUGGUGGCAACAAUCACAGAAAUCCCUCCUCUCCUGUUUUUGCCUAAUUUCCUGGUGCAGCGGAAAGUGUUGAGGCCUUUGCGGACACAGACUGGAGGAACAAUAAUGGCAGGAAAACUGGCUGUUGACAGAGGAUGGGCUAUUAAUGUUGGAGGAGGCUUCCACCACUGCUCUAGUGACAGGGGAGGGGGCUUUUGUGCCUAUGCAGACAUCACUCUGACCGUCAAGUUUCUGUUUGACAGAGUGGAAGGCAUCUCCAGGGCUACCAUCAUCGAUCUGGAUGCUCAUCAGGGAAAUGGAUACGAGCGUGAUUUCUUGGAUGACAGGCGAGUGUUCAUUAUGGAUGUGUAUAAUCCUUACAUAUAUCCAGGGGACGGAUAUGCCAAAGGAGCCAUAAAGAGGAAGGUGGAGCUGGACUGGGGCACUGAAGACUUAGAGUACCUCCAGAAAGUGGAGCUCCACUCUGAUGGAGCGCUGAACGAGGUCCGACCUGACAUCCUCAUCUAUAAUGCAGGGACAGAUAUCUUGGAUGGGGACCCCCUCGGAGGACUCUCCAUAUCACCACAGGGCAUUGUAAAGAGAGAUGAGAUUGUGUUCAGUGCUGCAAGGCGACGGGGCAUCCCCAUACUUAUGGUGACAUCUGGAGGAUACCAGAAGAAAACAGCCCGCAUCAUCGCUGACUCCAUCCUCAACUUGCACCAACAGGGCCUAAUUGGAGCAGAGGUUGAGGAGGGGGAGGGAUCAUCGUCACUUAUGACAAGCCUGAUGUGAGGCAGCUCUGGAUGUGUUGGAUCAACAUUCACUGCAGUAUGAGAUGCAUUCAUCCUGACAUUAACACUCAGAGCUGUGACAUUUAAAGGCCCUGAAGUCACUUUAAAUUAUGCAGGUACUGUGUGACAGCAGUGAUAAUACUGUAAGCUUUCUGCUGUCACACAGAAACAUCUUAAUUUGAAACUGAUGACAGGGGUUACCCAGUGCUUGUUUGCACACAUACAACAACCAGAAAAUAGCCUUGGUCAUGUUUUACAUCUUUAAGUUGGCAAUUAUACAAAGGGAAUAAUUCUUAAAAGACAAAAACAAUAAUAAUCACACUUUCCUGAGUUCUCAUGUGCCACAAAAAAAGUAGUUUCAAUUUUCAUCAGUUGGAGAAUGAUGGUUUUUAUGUAUGAUGUAUUCUUUAAUCUCAGGAAAUAUAAUAAUGUAUUUUGUGAAAGAUGAUAUAUUACUAGUUAAUGAAAUUGUGAAGAUUUUGAUGUUGUUACAGAUACAUGGCAAGUGACCUGUCCUUCAGAGGUGAAACACAAGAUAAUUGCACGAGAGCCGUACCUAUCAAACAUAAUCUACUAGGGAUGCUUAACCUUCUUACAGAUGAUAAUGUCUUCUUCAUUCCUCAUUAGCAUUUUCCUUUAUCACUUCCAGUAUAAAUUAGUGUACAACAAAUAAUAAUGUAAUUAUUACAGACUUAACAGUGUUUCAUUAAUCAAGUUUGCCCUUUGAUGGGUUUUUGUACUUAAGGCUCUAAAUCCAUACAGUCUGUGCAGAUAACGUUUACAGCGAGUUCAAUAUGAUUUUACUGAAGCCACUUAACUCUUCUGUGUCUGUGUUGUUGUUGCAAUGUGUUCCUGACAUCUCCACAUCAAAGUUCAAAAAUUGAAAAUAGCUGCGUUUAUUGACUGCACCGGCCUGUGAGUUUCAUGAGUUUGACUUGCUGUACUGACACAGACAGAACUCUCCUAAUGAUGAUUACACAUGGAGGAGUUGUGUAAAAGGAGACAAAAUAGAUCAUUAAAAAUUAAGGAUGCACAGAAAUAUUGGCACGUCAUCAGUAUUGGCCAAUACUGAGUUUAAAAUGAAUUAUUAGAAUUGGCCAACAUGCUUUGUCUUAAUUUACACAAUGAAUGAAUAU